AUGGUAGUCCCGGAGCCCUUCGAGUCUCCGGAGUCGGGGCGAGAAGGUUACUGCUAUGCCUAUGAAAUUUAUUUCAAAGGGUGCGGCUUAUUCCUUCCCCUUCCUGAGGUGCUUCUUGUCUACCUCAAUUAUCUGGGAAUUGCUUUCUCCCAGAUGUCGCCCAACAUGCUCCGGUCCCAAAUUCGACCGGCCCCAUCAAUCGAUUUUCUCAAUUUCUACAAGGCCGUCUUGGAGAGGCCAGUUAAUUGUAAUUCCUUCACUUUGGAAAGGAUUCACGGUGCCGGAUUUUCUGUUAGAAUGGGCCUAACUAAACCCGUCAACCCUCCUCCUGCUGGGAUUGAUCUCUCGAGUCUGAAUGCUCGAGACAGGAGAAAAUUUAAAGAAGCAAACAAGAGAAUCAAAGAUCAGAUUUCUGUAAUUGGGAGAGACAAGAAAAACGCAACUUCCACCGGAGACGAUAAAGUCUACCGGAAAACUCUCCUGGUUGACGAUGGAUCUCUUGAAGGUUCAAAGUCAAUGGAGGUUGCUGUGAGCAAUGCUUCUCCCUCCAUCCCAGCAGCAGACGUCGUGGUUGCUGCUACCGCUGAGGAGGAAGGCCUUGCAAGUGAUUCUUCUCUCAUGAAGAAAAGGAAGGCCGAAGAACUCGAACCCCUCCCCAAGGGACGUCCCAAGAGCAUAAGGAAGGGCAGAAUCGCUCCUUUGAAUCUGCCAAUUCAUGAGCUUGCUGAAGCUCAGGAUGCAAAUCCUGAUUCAGGAACUUUUUCGAAGGAAACGCUAGGUUCAGGGAUGCUACUCCCUAGACGCCCCCGAGGUAAUACUUCUAGGGUUCGAUCAUCUCCGAGCUCGGGACUGGUUGCUAGAGCUUUGUCUCAAGCAGACAAAGAGAAGAUCGGGAAUAUGUUUAGGUGCUUCCACACCCGUGCUGGGAAAAAGCUUCCAUCCUUUGAUUGGUGGAAACCUGAUGUUAAGAGGAUGUACAUUAGUCACUCAUUCCAUUCCUCCCAGGCAACUCUGGAUGUGAAUGGCAUCGUGAACUUUUACGAAGAGGAGCUCGCCAAAGAAGAGAUCGAUAGACUCGAAAGAUACGGCGAGGAGACAAGGAGAACUUUGAUUGAGACAGAGCAGAAGCUAGAGACUGCCCUUGCUGAUCAUAACUUCGCAAAAGGCGAGAUUGAGCUUCUGAGAUCAGAGCUUAACAAGGUUAAAGCAGCUGCUGAGGAGCUCGAACGCAAAAAUGAAUUUUUUUCCGAACAGAAAGAUCGCGAUGUUCGCAAAAUAUCUCAUGAUGCUCGGAGGAACAAGCUCAACCCCGAACGCGAUGAAAUGAAAAGCAAUCUCGAUUUGAUCAAAGAGAUAGAGGACGGAAAAGUCAAUUUGGCUGAAGAGAAAGAGACGGUUGGUGCUGAGCUAGCUGAGACUGUAGCUAAGCUAAAUACCGCUCCUCAGCCAUAUCUGAAUUUGCAACAGUUUGCUUAUGAAUUCGCUGAUUCCCCUCCAUUGACCGAACCAAACAUUGGUUCGUCUUUGGACGAGAUGGGGCUCUCUGAUCAGGGGCUUGUCAUCUCUUCGAUUAUGGGAGACGGUAUUGAAUCGAGGAACGAGACUUCUCUCGAUGUUAGCUCGCUUAACCCUGAAGUGGUUCUCGUGACUCAAGACGAUGACGUUGGGGGUGCUCUUGUCUCAAGUCAAGUAAGGGAAGAAGGCGGUUUGCCUGUGAAUGAAUGA